AAGUGAGAUAGAUGCCUCUCUGGCCCUCUCUCUCCCUCUCUCUCUUAUGGGUUUGGGGGAUGAUCCUUCUCUCUGGCUUCUGAGAAAAAUUCGAUUUUGGUCGGAGCGCUUCAUCGAAUUCCCAAUAGGGAAACCCUAAUCCACACUGAUCGCGAGGCGAGGUAGGGAUUUCGAUCGUUUUAUUUUAAGACUAUCUCGGUUGGUUGGUUUGAUCUCAUGGUCGGUUAGUUCUGUUUCGGUGCUCGGGAGAAUUCCUUAAUCCAUCUCGAACUCUGAAUUCUGGAUUUAAUUCGAUUUCCUUUCCUUUAAAUUGCUGUUUUCAUCGUAAAUUUGCAAGAAUGUGUCAGCAAGUUGGGAUCUUGUCACCUUGUUUUGUUUAUAAGCUCUCUGAAAUGGAUUUCAGUUGCGGUCUUUGAUGGCUGAAUUCUUCUAAGAACUUUAUGGAAUUUGAUGAGUCGGAUCCAAGAAAUGAAUUUCUGAUAGUGGAAAUUGGAAAGCUAAUUCCUUAACAAUUUCGAAGGCUGUUUUGAUGGGCUGAAAGAAUUCAUCAUUUGAGGUCAGUUAGGUCGAAUUCGAUACGGCAAGCUGAUUCCAGAAUUCGAAAACAUAAGUAGUGGAUUCUGAAGGGUGUUGGAUGGAUUCUUUUGAUCUCAACACGCACUUGCCUCCUCGGAAGCGACUACUUGCCGGGCUAAAGAAGGAGGUCCAUGAUUGUGAUUUCUUGUUUCCUUUUCCUUUCAUUUCUAGUGAUCUCAAUGCCCGUCUCCGUGAUAUUAUCAACUCGACAACUUGUUCGCCAGAUGAGAUCAUUGAGGCGACAAACUCAGUAGCUUUGGUGACUGCAGAGGUUGCUGCUGCUGCGAGAGCUACUGCAAUGGAAAAAGCGGCUGCUGCUGUGAAGGCCAGGACUGCUGCCAAGAAUGCCUUAGAGUUUCUAGAUUAUAUUUCAAGGAGUGAAGCUGCCCGAAAGGGUUGCCCGGCCAAAACCAAAUCACGAAAGAAACACGUGGCAGUCGAGUUCUUGUAUAGGAAUAAACGGCCUGCAGGGAGUGAAGAAACUGAUGAAGAAUUGGCCCGGAGGUUGCAUCAAGCUAUGAACAGUUCCCCAAGAAUUUCAUACAAUAAACAGAAGAAGCUUUGUCAUUCUGGGAAAGAGGAGGUUCCUGAUGGUAUUGCUGUGUCCAAUGGAAACUCUUCUGUUUCAUGUGAUAAAGUUGUUCAGUUCAAUAAUGGACAAUCUGCAGAUAAAUUGGAGGAAAAGAUUGUGGUCUGUUCCAAAGAUGACCUUUUUGAGAGGGAAGAGGAAGAGUCUAGCCGUCCUUUAGAAAAGCAUCAUCAUCAGUCUAAGGAUAGAGGAAUUGCUGGUUGUAGGAAAGUGAAAAUUAAGCAAAAGAAAUUGCCUUUAAGUCAAUGUAAUGCCAGGGAUAUGGGAGAAUCCAAAGAGGCUCCAAGCUUUGUGCAUCAUUCAAUGGCCCCGAAAUCAGAGUUGGAUCAUGUAGCAAGACACUCAUCUUUUAACAACACAAAACAUUCUGAUGAUGGACAGUUCUCGAUGAUAAUUACGUCAACAUGGAAAUGCAAGAAGCUCAAGAUGUCACAGUGUUCUUCUGAUAGCGAGAUCUUGCAUGCUUUAUGUUCAAAUCGUUCAACUACUAAGGCCUCUGAUGCUGAUCUUAAAGACAUUUUCUGCUGGAUCUGUGCUUGUAAGACUGGUACUUGUGUACUGAAGUAACAUAUUUGUAAUGUAAUGUGAAAUCCCGUCAUAUGAGACAUUGCGCUGCUGUUGGUCGCUUCUCUGGAGCAAAAUCGAGAAGAGGGUUCAAAAAUUCUGCAAACUCACGGGCAUCCGACUCAGGGAAUUUGUAUUUGUCAGCAAGAAGCCGAUCCAGUGGCCAGAACUUCAGCCUACGGAUCCUCUUCAGGCCCCCAUAUCUGUCAAAGAAGUCCUUUGAUCGAGAUCCUGCAAUAGCAAUCUGGACUCCCAAGAAAAGAUCAUCAGUAUCGGAUUCCUUCAGGAGUCAAAAAGUGUGAAAAGGAAAUAUACCUUUCGUGGCAUUUUUCCUAGAAGUUCCAUCAUCAGAGCCAAGUGAUCCUAUAAGCCAGACCCAAAAGUCAAAUGACAGGAAAAAUUACAUUUUGAUGAAAAUAUAAUUUACUCAGGGACAUUGGUGCAUGUCAAAGAGAAAUAUGGUUUUGAAAAAGUAAUUAUUUUCUCCUAAAGAUGAUGAAGUUUGUGAGUCUGAUCUUGUACAAAUAUAUGGCCUAAAAACCCGACCUCUGUAAUUAAUUUGAACAGCUGUAGUGCAGAAGUACAGAAAGAUUGCUUGCCUUGAGAAAUUUACUUUCAAAA